GCGGCGCGACGCGGACCGGUGUCGAGCGGGGUGGGCGGCGGGAGGGUUGGGGACCCGGCAGGCGGCAGCGGUGGCUUCUGCUUCGCCGAGCCGGUACGCAGCGAUCGGCCUUUAGGCUGCAUCUUCUCAGGCUGUUGCUCUCCCCAAGGAUCCACGCACCGACGCCCGCCCUCGCUUUGUCGGUGGAUUCCAGCCGCCGCCACGGGCGGAGCCUGAGGACCUGCGCUCGCGCCCCGCACGCCCAGCUUCGCUCAGCUUGGCCGCGGGAACCCUAGCGCAGCAUCCUUUUGCCCGCUCAUGCUGCAGCUGCUGGCCAGCGGCGAAGCUGCGGCUGGAGCCUGCCGCUCAGUGAACUCAGCCUGGUCCCCGAGCGUCGCCCGAGCCGCUCUCCACGAUGGCUGAGCUUGGGGCUCCGCGCCCCUCUUUAGCUCAGCUGGGACCGUUUCGCGCCAGGUGCACCCGGUGCCCCCGCUGAGCCGCGCCAGGCCAGGGUUCCCAGGGCCUGGGCGCCCCUAGCCCUCGCCUUCCCGCCGCGCCCUUCCCCUCCGGCCCUCUCCGCUGCUGCUCCCCGGGGCUAGGGGCUAGGAGACCCAGACAAAGCCCCACUUUGUGAGGGAGGCAGGCUUGGAAUGUGCGGAGCGGCGCGCGCCCCCUCCCCGCCCCACCAGCUGCGAGUCUUGGCUCCCAAGGAGGGUCCUGACCGAGAAGUCACCCCGGACAUCGCCCUCUACCCUUGCAUCCCCGGCCCCCGAGGUCCAGACUCCGAGCUCACGCGGGCCCCUUCUGCUCGCUCCAGUGUGAGUGAGCAAGGAUUUCGUAGAGGAAUUUGUUCUGUCCAAAACUGAGAGUGGGCACCGGUGCCUUGGCUUGCCUUUUCGGUGUAGCUGCAGGUCUGAGCUCUCUGGCCUCAGUCUCCCCACCCCGACCCCCCACUUUUCUCCUCUCGGCCAUCGUAGAUCGCUGUGGGUCAUUGUUCUCGCUGCCAAAUGGAAGUGAUUUGUACAGGCUGCCAAGUUGGGGUGUGUUCUCUUUAUCCUGUUUUCCAAACAAACCAAGGCCUCUAAGGUCGACCCUGGGCAACCCACCUGGCCAUCUCUCCAGGUUGAUGCUCUGAGUCUUACCAAAUGGUAUUUUAUUGUACAGGAGCCACGCCCUGGUUUCUUAAAGGCGCCAGGCACUGUUUGACCAUGUGUUAUCUUUAUAGCGGGUGUGUGGGAGGCCUUCUGUGAGGCACUUAUUUCCCCCCCCCACACACACACACCUCCUGAUCAUCUUCCCACCCCCGUUGAGGAUUUAGGGAUGCCAGGGGGAAAGAAGGUGGUCCCAAGUGGCAGCAGCAGUGCCUCCCCCAACGCAGCCGCCACCACCGCUGCCGCUGCUGCUGCCGCUGCUGCCCCCCACUCUGGCACUAAACGUUUGGAGACCACCGAAGGGGCUUCAGCACAGAGAGAUGAGGAACCCGAAGAGGAAGGGGAAGAGGACCUACGAGAUGGAGGUGUCCCUUUUUUCAUCAACCGAGGUGGACUACCAGUGGAUGAGGCCACCUGGGAAAGGAUGUGGAAGCAUGUGGCCAAGAUACACCCAGAUGGAGAGAAGGUGGCCCUGCGCAUCCGUGGGGCCACCGACCUGCCCAAGAUUCCCAUACCAAGUGUGCCUACUUUCCAGCCGACGACGCCUGUCCCUGAGCGCCUGGAAGCCGUGCAGCGCUACAUCAGGGAGCUGCAGUACAAUCACACAGGGACACAGUUCUUUGAAAUUAAGAAGAGCAGACCUCUGACGGGGCUGAUGGACCUGGCCAAGGAAAUGACCAAAGAGGCUCUGCCAAUCAAAUGCCUGGAAGCUGUGAUCCUGGGAAUUUACCUCACCAACAGUAUGCCCACCCUGGAACGCUUUCCCAUCAGCUUCAAGACCUAUUUCUCAGGGAACUACUUCCGCCACAUUGUGCUGGGGGUGAACUUCGGGGGCCGCUAUGGCGCCCUGGGUAUGAGCCGAAGGGAGGACCUGAUGUACAAACCCCCUGCCUUCCGCACGCUCAGUGAGCUCGUGCUGGACUACGAAGCAGCCUACGGCCGCUGCUGGCACGUGCUGAAGAAGGUGAAGCUGGGUCAGUGUGUGUCCCACGACCCGCACAGUGUGGAACAGAUUGAAUGGAAGCACUCGGUGCUGGAUGUGGAGAGGCUGGGGCGAGAAGACUUCCGCAAGGAGCUGGAGCGUCAUGCCCGAGACAUGCGGCUCAAGAUUGGCAAGGGGACAGGCCCUCCUUCUCCCACCAAGGACCGGAAGAAGGAUGUUUCCUCCCCACAGAGGGCCCAGUCCAGCCCCCAUCGCAGGAACAGCCGCAGUGAGAGACGGCCUUCAGGGGAGAAGAAGCCCGCAGAGCCCAAAGCCAUGCCAGACCUCAGUGGGUACCAGAUCCGGGUGUGAGGCAGAUGCCAGCAUCCCCAGAUCUCCUCUGCGUCUGGAGGCCCAGGAAAGAACCUACUUCAUCCAGGCAGGGGCUAGCGAUGGGGUGGACUUGGGGUGGGAGGCCAGAAGGAGGCCUUGCCAUUCAGCCCCAAGUGACUUGCCCUCCCAUGAAGCCAAGCCCCUAACUUUGGGCCAAGAAGCAGUUAGUGUUUUAUUUGGAGUUUUAGCUCUACAACUGAAGUAUAAGGUAUUUGAACAGAAAGACAAAUGGAUAUGUUGGUAGCUGUCAGGGUCAGUUCUCUCUCUCUGAGCACUGCGUGGCUUGGGGAGGAGGGCUGCCUCGUUCUGUGGUGCUCCUUCUCUCAACAGUGAUCAGGUUUAUGAGCCUCCCCAGCCCGUGGGGUGAGGGUGGGGCGGUGUAGGAAUGGAGGUGUUUUCUCCAACUGGGCCUGUCCCGGCAGAAUCAUGACCCAGGGAAAGGGAAGCAGGGUGAGAGGUUAUCCUGAGAAAGGUCUAUUUAUUUUUCAAAUCAGGAACUUGGCAGAAGCCACAUCUGCCUAAGGUCCAGGAGAGCCCUUUAGAUAGCACUGUGCCCCCCCAUCUCCCCCCACAUCUUCACCAUGGCCAGUUUGGGAUUAGGCUGUAGGAGGACCAGGAAAGGACUAUAGUGGGAAGAGUUCUGGCCCUUAGCACAUCUGCUGGCUCCGUCUAGUUUUGACUAUUGCUGCAGCCCAGGGGCUCACUGAAGAAGGGCUGGGCUUUGUAGAGAGCCCAGCCUUGUAAUAGGGACAGCAUGACCUUAUGAAACUUGGCUGGGCACGGGGUAGUUGAGUGGAACUACCUACUCUAGCUGUGUGGGAGUGGGCUCUUCUCUCCCCAUCUAAUAAUCUCAGCACUUGAUGGAGAAACAAGACCAGAGCAGGCUGCCUAACCCCCAGGGUGUCUUCCCAAGCUUAGCUGCCUGUUUAGGCUUGGAGUAGCGGCCAGUUUUAGCAGCUCUUUGGGACACUGGCAGGAUGGGGUGGGGAGCCUAGGUAAUAGGAGUUGUCUGCCCCCUGGCCCUGGAGCACAAGAUCCCGGUUAGUAAAGUGAGGUGUGGAGAGGGGCUGUCUGGGCUGGGGAGGAGAGCCAGCCUUUGAGUUGGGAAUGUAAGUGAGAAGGGCUGAGAGAGGCAGUUCAGGAUGGGGCUGUGGUGGGGACUGUGUGGGGACCGAGUUCCCUGCAGCACAGGUGGCACUCUUCAAGUUGCUGGAGGCUUCAAGUGACAGAGGGCAGCUGGAUGAGGUUGGUGACCGUUAAGGGACUUUACUGAGAGGUGGAGUCAGCUUGGGCAGCUGCCAAUAAGACUGCAGAGGGCUGAGGGCUGGCUGGGAUAAGAGCUAGAGACCUAGGGACUCAAAUGCCUACAGGGCCAGCAAGAGGCAAAGAAGAGGGCUGGAUGGGGACUGUGUCCCACCAAAGAGAAUAUAUCCCAUUAAAGUAGGAUGCUGCCAUUGUACUGUCCCACAGUGUAAGCCCUAAGGGGUGUAAGCCUUUUUUUUUUUCUUUUCUUUUUUUUUUAGGCCAGGGCUCUGAACUAAUAUAUGAAUUGUAAUUUUUUAAAAGUUACCAGUUCAAGAAGUGAUCACCAUAGCUGAGAGAGUAUCAGUCCGCAAUGUCUGGGGUAGAGAGCAUGGGCUGGUUGUGGGAAGACUGUGGGUGGAAAAUGUGACAGUUUAAAGUUUCCCAAAGGCAGCAGGGGCCACUUCCUGUAUCUCUCUCCUUAGCCCCAUCCUGCAGGCAGAGGCUGAGUUUGUGUUUGCUGGGUAGAGUAGGAUAGAAGGGUGGAAUUCUUCCUGCCUGGAGAUGGAUGGUGGCUGGAAUGAGGAGGAAGAGGAGGAGGAGGAGGAGGAGGGAUGCCCCUGCUGGUGACACACCAACAGCUCCUGGGCCCAGCACAAGCACCAAGUGAGGGCUGAGUGUUUAGUCCCCUACCUUGCCUGGUUCCUCCUGGGGCCAGGGCGGGGAGGGGGGGAGGCUUGGAAAGUGCAUAGCCUAGGCUACACCCCCUAGCCAGACCCAUGAAAAGACAUGACACUAUUGGAUCCAUCUCAGAGUUCAGGGAGUAGGGAUGGCAGUCCCGGUAGCUCUCAUGCCUUCUUUGAGAGGUACAAGACUGGACAAGAUCUUUUUUGGAUCUCAAUGUGGCUGCUUAUCCCUGGGGCGGCAGCCCUAUGAGUCUCUGGAAACUUCAAGAUAUGGCAAAAUAUGGGAGAAGGAGGUGUGGGGAGAGCUGGAGUCAGGUGUAUUUGGAGAACAGCACCAGGUCCCAGAGCCUUAGGGCAGGAGCUCUCAGCUCCAGUUCCUCCUAGGCCCAGGAAAGAAGGAAGCAGGCGGAGCCCUAACUUGUUCAGGAUUUGAGGGAGCAGCUGAUUGGCUAGGGGUACACCACCCCUGCUGUUCACCUCUCCCAGGCUAAGGGCCUCCGGCCUGUGGAGGCUGUCAUAGGCUGUCAUAGGCCACAGUGGUGCUUUUUUUAUUAUUAUUUUAUUUUUUACUCUUUCUCAUAUGUAGCAAGCCACGCUUCCCUCUGUGGCCAUUUACACAGGCUGUGCUCUUGGGGGCUGGCCUGGCUGUCUGGUUUCUGGGGAGGCAGAGGCAAGGACUUUGAGGCCUUAGUCACCAUCCAUGACAUCACCUCAUCUCACUUCCUAUAAGAGCCAGGGAUCUGGCAGAUGUCUGCAGACCUCCUGACUCAGGCCUGCCCUUUCAGCUCUUCUACCCCACCCUCGGGGACUGCUGGCUGAAGAGGGUCAAGGUGAGGUCAGAGGAGGCUGGUUGGUGGAGGUGGCAUGGGCAGAGAGGUUCCUUGUGUUUGGUGUUGGGUCAAAACACUGGGAAGCUGGCUCCAGAGAACCUUCCUUCUCCAUCCAGCUACCUGCCAGUCCUUUCCCCUCCAUAACCUCACAUUUCCUUGUUCCCCAGAACUGUCAUGCUAGCCACCCAUCCUUAGUGGACAUGGCCAAGCGGGUAGAACAGCAGCCCGCCGGCCCCAGACUUGAUGAUGAAGCCUAGAGACUGGGUACUGAGAAGCAGACUCAGGAAACUGACGGUGGCUGAUGUCUGGUCCAGGCAGAUCAUGCCCUGACCCCUUCCCAGCUGGGAAGAUGUCCUGGCUCAGGGGAGGAGUAGGUCUAAUGAUAGCUGUGCAGGCUUUGUGCUCUGAGGUCUGUGCCCGUGUACCACCCCAGCUUUCCUGCCUGGGAUGAGUUCGGGCUUAACACAUCACCACCCCACCCUGACAUGCUGUCAGUGGUGUUAAAGUGCAAGGAUGCACAGGUGGGGACCAAUAAGCCAGAGGUGUGAAGGGCAAGGGUAUUCUCUGAAGGAGUGGAGUUGGGAGUUAGGGAUUCUCCCUACGGGUACCACAGCCUCUCCCACCAGCAUCUCCAGCCAGGUGGGGCUGUCACCAAACUAGCUGCAAGUCCUGUGCUAGGACCCCCUCACUCCAGUUCGAUGCAUUGGGGUCCCAAGCUUCCUUGUUAAGUCUGGAAAGAAAUCUGGGUACACUUGACCUCUGGGCCAGUGAUGACGGACCACCCAUCCCCUGUGCUUUAUUGGGCUCUUGUGUUGUCCCUGAUGCCAUUAUUGUGCCCUUGUAUCAGUAUUACUCCUGCCUUUCAGUGCACACUUUGUCUCAUUCCUUUCUCACCUUCCUCUGAAAUGAAUAAAGUUUCCCAGCUCCCAUCGUAUGGGCUGGCAGAAAUCACGUGAAA